AUGAGGAGGAAAUACAGAGGAGUGAGACAGAGGCCAUGGGGGAAGUGGGCGGCCGAGAUACGAGACAUUUUCAAGGCCUCGAGGGUGUGGCUUGGGACUUUUGACACGGCUGAGGGUGCAGCUCGGGCCUACGACCCGGCUGCCCUCCAGUUCAGAGGUAGCAAGGCCAAGCUCAACUUCCUCGAGAAUGUCCGGCUCCGGCAACAACCUGCUCCUGUGGCCUCUGCGGCCUUUCUGGCAGCAACCCACUUCGCCGUUUCCCGUGAGUUGCCGGCUUCCGGCUAUUCCAAUGCCAUUGGCUAUGAAGGGCAGGCUCCUAUGCAGCGAUUUCUUGAAAAUGUUGCUGCUUAUCAAGAACGACCGCAGGGACGAGCCAUGUCUGGGUUCAAGUAA